GAAGAACAAGAAAGGAUGGCAGAACAGCACCGACACAACCUGUCUCUCAACGAGUGCUUCAUCAAGGUGCCUCGGGAGGGUGGCGGUGAGCGAAAGGGCAACUACUGGACCCUGGACCCGGCAUGCGAGGAUAUGUUCGAAAAGGGCAACUACCGGCGGAGACGACGCAUGAAGAGACCGUUCAGGCCUCCACCGACCCAUUUCCAGCCUGGCAAAUCUCUUUUCGGCGGAGACGGGUACGGCUACCUCUCCCCGCCCAAAUACCUGCAGUCAGGGUUUAUCAAUAACUCGUGGUCUCCUGCGCCUAUGCCGUAUACCUCCUGUCAAAUGAGCAGUGGGACCGUGAGUCCUGUUAACGUGAAAGGCUUGUCCGCGCCGUCCUCGUACAACCCAUAUUCGCGUGUGCAGAGCAUAGGUCUCCCGGGCAUGGUGAACUCUUACAACGGCAUGAGCCACCAUCAUCACCACCAUCACACGCACCCUCACGCGCUCCCUCACGCGCAGCAGCUGAGUCCCGCCACGGCUGCACCCCCUCCUGUGUCCACCGGCAACGGGACGGGGCUGCAGUUCGCUUGCUCGCGCCAGCCCGCAGAACUCUCCAUGAUGCACUGCUCGUACUGGGAUCACGAGAGCAAACACUCCGCACUACACACGCGAAUUGAUAUAUAGCUCGGGCGUCACGAGACCGACGACAGACCAACAUACUCGCUAAAAGACAGUAAAAACAAGGUCCAGCGAUCUCAAAAACCACAUAAAGGCAUUUCAUAAAUUGUGCGUGGUCUAGGGACUUACAAGAAGGAAAAACUUUUACGGGAGCCUCAAAUUAUGGAAGCACGGUCAUUCACGGCGAGUGCCUGAUGCAGGGACUAAAGAUUUCACAUUUUUCUUCGCAGGCAGGAGACUCAUGCAUUUGUGUUCUGAAUGUGUAUAAACGGUUCAAUCAUAGCCAAUAAGAAGAUGGCCAGCAGAUCGAAGAAUCGCCAUGGAAUUACAAAUUAUGUUUACCUGAAUCCGUUCAUAACGUUCUGUCAAUGACUUUGGAGUGAAGUAAUGGGUUCUGAACCCUUUUUUCCCAAAUUAAUAUUUUUUAUUCUCUUUGCUUUUGAAUGUUUAAGGAUACAGUGGAGCUCUGGACAGGUAGAUAAGCCGAAGUUCUGUGGAGACACAAACACAACCUGUACACACCUGUGUUUUGGCCUUUUGUUUCCGUGAUUAAGGGUCUCAUAGGGGUCAGAUCACGUGACUGCCAGUUUGGACUGUUUUGUAUGUACUUUGUAAAAAGUAAAAAAAAAAAAAAAAAAAAAAAAAAAAUAUUUUUAAUGUCUAUGACACAUUGGGGCCAUGUUUAACUAGCACUUUUCAAUAUUUUUUUAAUUAGAUCUACUUUUUAUUCUUUAAUAAACUCUUUGUCAACAUGACACUGAUUUUGGAUUUUAUAAUUUAUAUAGGCUAUAUAAUUCUGAUAUCAUUAUUAUCAUUAUUAUUAUUAUUAUUAUUAUUAUUAUAUAGCCUAACAAGAUCAUCUAUUUGUAUCGGAGUCCUGCAACUGUUUAGCCAACUACAUUUCUGGCCUUCCACUAAUAUUGUAACGUGUGUAAGUAGCCUACUUCUAAAUAAGUUACCGCAUGAAAAUAAUUUCCAAAUAGGACUGCGUCGAAAAAAAAACCUCUAAAAUUAUUCUACUUCUUAAGUUUUUCGUGUAUUGUAAGCGAUUCGUGAUUCCUAAACCGAUGAAAAUAGUCAACUUUAUGCGAGUACAUAUUAAGCAACAUUGGGCCUGUAUGGGGAGAAAUUAUUUAGAUGAAACAUUUAGCCCUGUCAAAUCAAUGUAUUCAUAACGAUUGCCCGGAUUUGGUGUUUUUAACAUGAAUUUGUACAACUUUUUAACAGGCUAUAUUAAUAGUUUCGCCUUUUGUCGCUUUUUAUUCCGUGUCCUUAAAACUCAUUUUGCUAAAAGUACACGAUUGCUUUAAAAAUACAAUGCAAGUGUAUCUCUUUGCAUUUCUUAAUUAUGAAUCUGAAAAACGUGUCAAAAUGCGAAAGUGAUUUUUUUUACCAAAGCCCCAUACUACAGUUAAAUAAAAUGCAUAUUUUUGCACGAUUAAUUUUACAUAACAUAAAGAAAAGUCUAAGCAAACAUUAAAAUACCCUCUUUAGAUAACUGUCCUUAAUAACAUUAAGCUAAAGCUUAAUAAAUCAUAGUUAAUCUACUUAGCAAUGCAGCCUUACGAAACUUUAGUAAAUAUAUUUUACGAUAAUGUUUGUUAAUGGUGUAUUAAAUAAAGUUAUUAUAAACCGA